UCACCGUCAUUUGCACUUAACGGUAUAUGAAAGGCGCUGGGGAGGAGGAGGAGAGCAAAGCGCGAAGCUAAGUUUCCGGCCGUAGCCGAACCCAUAUCGCAGACGAUAUAUGCUUUCGAAAUAACGGACGUGCCGUCCAAAAUAGUAAACAUUGCAUGGUCCUCCGACAAUGCAUCGCCAACAAUGCUCAAAUGGGCUAGUGAGAUGACUGCAUUACUUCUGCACAUUGUUCUACCGAUUUUGGAUUACGAAGAACGAUAAUCAGUUGCUGUGACGUCAAUGCUUGUGGGCGGGUACGCCUUGCGCAAAGAGGAUUCGCAUCAUAGCACUGGCAUCAUGAACGAAUUUUCGGUCGGUUGAGUACGUCUUCUUGAUGGGGGCCUUCCGCGGUACACCCUGACUGAACCAUUUACAAGAGGGGAAGAACGCAAGCAAUGGGCGACCCGGUACUUCUAGUCACAGCCAACGUGGGGUCCAUCUUUGAAGAGCCUCACACACUUUUACCUGGAUGGAUCAAAGAAUUUCUUGGAAGGGUGCGUCAGUGUCAGCCAAGCUUCCUGGCUCUUCACUGCCAAGAGGUCGGGGGCAAGGACUACGCAAAGACCAUGACCCACGUGGCCGACUUUGUCAGCACGUUGAUGUCGAGUGAGGAACUGACGAACUAUUCAGCGGUGCGGGUGUUCUUAGAUGAAGAUUUCUCUUGCACGGAAAAAUUUACGGCUCUUGGAAACUUGUACUUCUUACACCAGUCACUGACUAAUGUACAGAUAUGGGACUUCCAAGAGUGCCGCUUUCAACCUGUGCUGGGUAAAGACGUGCAUUCGGGAAACAUUGAGAAAGUCGCGACCAAAGAAAAAGUAAAAUUCCCGCAAGAGUUUUUUCCAAAGCGUAAGCUGGCAAGAAAAGGGUUUAUGAGGACACGAUGGAAUCUACAUGGCACAACGUUUGAUCUCAUAAAUAUUCAUCUCUUUCACGAUGAGUCAAAUUUCAUUGCAAUGGAAUCUUUUCCAUCACAGUACACGAAAACCAGACAAGGUGCAUUGGAAUAUACACUCAACAGGUUACAGAACGACAAGUAUGACAAGGUCCCAUAUUUUAUAUUUGGAGACUUCAAUUUUCGACUCGACAUGCAAGCAGUUGUUGAGAAAAUCACCCGAAGCGCUCCUCCGGUUCAUGUGAAAAGUGCCAAAAACGGUGACGUGACAAAGGUUCUCUUCAGGCAUCCCAAAGAUGAAAAUAGGGUGGUGCUCACUGUCGAACGGAAAGUGUUCAGCCUAGAAGAUCACGAAGAAGCCUUCUAUCGUAAUGACGGGAAGUGGCUUCAAGAAUACGAUAAGGAACCGAAGCUCUUCAAGGACCGGCUGUUUGAGUUUGACAUAGAGUUUCCACCCAGUUACCCGUACAAGGAAGAGUCGAGCGAGGCACGGAGCUACAUGCGGACGCGUUGUCCCGCGUGGUGCGACCGGAUUCUGCUCAGCAAGUCUGCCAAAACCCUCGUGCUCAUGACUCCCGAUGAGACUGGAAAACCACCCGUUUCCUAUCAGAGUAUGGGGACAAAUGUUUGUAUGGGCGAUCACAAGCCAGUGUCCCUGUGGUUCCGGCUGAUCCAAGGGUCCAGCCAGGUCCACCCCGAGGAAGACCCCACCACCCGUUUCAUUCAGGUCAGGGUCCCCGGGUCUCCCGUUCGCAUCUUCAGAGAGACCACCGUCUGACUGCCAUCACCCCACCCCCCACUGCUAGCUUCCACGGGUAUCGACACACGUUGUGCAAAGGUCUGAUGGCCAUUCCAAGAACACGGACUGCAUUAGCUGUCACAUCACGUCACACAUCUCUAGCUGCAUCCACCUUUUUAAGUGAUUUUAGCGUUUAGCAUACACGUCACCGAGUCGGCACUGCGGUUGGCUACGCGAAAGUGCAUACACACGUGCAACAGUGGCUCGACGGCACACUUUUUAAUUCUGUACCUAUACCAGCGCAGUAACUUAUACGACCCGAAAUUUUUUCCUUUUGGCGUCUUCUUCUUAUUUU